GAAACCAUGAAAUUCGACCGGUAUAAAAAUGAGAAGCGUCGGUUCUAUACAUGCAGAUGCAGUGGCAAACCGUUACGCAGCCCAACUGCAACUAUGCUUCUCAAGGAUCCCCUUCUCCUUCUCCCUUACCAGUGCCAUCCACGCCAACAUGAUUGCUUCUGGAUUCGAGACCAGAUUCUCAACCGUUUGAUCGUUAUAUGUUGCAAACUAGCAUAUGCAUAACACCUGCUCGACGAAAUUCCUGAACCAGAAAAAGUUGCAAGAACUACGAUCAUUUCAGUGUAAUCUGCCACUGGGAAUCUAAAGCUGGCAAGGGAGAUUUUAAUUUCUACAAUGCAAUGAUCACGGCUUAUUCCCAUAAUGAUGGCGGUCAAGCUGCUGUUGAGCUAUUCUGUAAUAUGACAAGGAAAUGAUUUUAAGCCUGAAAAUUUCACUUUCACGAGUGUGCUUGGUGCUUUGGCUUUUGUCGAGGAUGGUGAAAAGCAGUGCCAGAAGAUGCAUUGUGCCAUAUUGAAGCAGUGCCAACUUAUACGGAGCUAAAAAUAAGAAUCCUGAUGGCUGUUAAAUUGGUUAAUAGUCAACAUUGUGGAGGGCUAAACGGUAUGUAAAUGUUAUUUUUAGUUAGUGCAUUCGCGGUUUCAAUUCAAAGGCCGGUACUAAGCCAAGUCAGUCGGAGAUUAGAGAGAGCCAGAGAGAGAGAGAGGAAAAGAAGAAGAACAGCUUUGCUUUAACGGCCAUUCCUUCUCUUCUCUCUUUCUCCCUCGCUUUCUUCCCCUGAACCCUCCACACAGAGAGAGAAAGGGACGAGAAAGGGAGAGAAAUAGCCAUUUUGCAUGAUCGCUCAAGCUUUUGUUAAGGUUGUUUUUUUAAGAUGGAAAUUAGGUUUUGAGAGAAGAUAGGAUAGGUUAAGAGUUUGGGGGGAAAUGGAUAUGGAGGAGCUAAUACAUGGGGACACACAGGGAUCUCAGGCAAAGCAAGAGAAUAUUUUGGUUUCGGUUCGGCUGAGGCCCCUGAACGAGAGAGAAAUUUCAAGGAACGAUAUAUCGGAUUGGGAAUGCAUCAACAACAACACAAUUAUUUUCAAACACAGCGUGCCGGAGCGGUCCAUGUUCCCAGCUGCCUAUACACUUGACAAAGUAUUUGGGUGUAAUUGUCCCACAAAGCAGGUUUAUCUGGAAGCAACCAAAGAAGUUGCUCUUUCUGUGGUUGGUGGCAUUAAUGCCUGCAUUUUCGCAUACGGGCAAACAAGUAGUGGAAAGACAUACACAAUGUUAGGAGUUACUGAAUAUGCAGUUGAGGAUAUAUAUGAUUACAUAGAGAGGCAUAAAGACCGAGAAUUUGUGCUAAAAGUCUCUGCCAUGGAAAUCUACAAUGAAGUCGUCAGGGAUCUCCUCAGUUCAGAUAGUACUCCACUGAGACUCCUGGAUGAUCCAGAGAGAGGGACUGUUGUCGAGAAACUUAUUGAGGAGACUUUAAGAGACAGUGACCAUUUCCGAGAACUCUUAUCCAUCUGCGCAGCUCAAAGGCAGAUAGGAGAGACUUCUCUGAAUGAAACCAGCUCCAGAUCUCAUCAAAUAUUACGACUAACAGUUGAAAGCUCUUCUCGUGAGUACUUAGGUGCCAAAAAUUCUAGCACUCUUGCAGCUAGUUUGAAUUUUGUUGACCUUGCAGGUAGUGAGCGUGCUUCCCAGGCAAUGUCAACUGGUGCAAGACUGAAAGAAGGAUGUCACAUUAAUCGCAGUUUACUAACCCUGGGAACUGUAAUACGCAAACUAAGCAAGGGGAGAAAUGAACACAUUCCUUACAGGGACUCCAAGCUAACACGCAUCCUCCAAACCUCCUUAGGAGGCAAUGCUAGAACAGCCAUCAUUUGCACUAUGAGCCCUGCUCGCAGUCAUGUUGAGCAGUCGAGAAAUACGCUUUCGUUUGCUAUCUGUGCUAAAGAAGUGACUACCAAUGCACAGGUCAAUGUUGUGAUGUCAGAUAAGACACUGGUAAAGCAAUUGCAAAGCGAAUUGGCCAGACUGAAUAAGGAGUUGAGGAGCUUAGGAUCAACCUCCAAGCCUAAGAGUGAUUCUGCUGCAUUACUGAGAGAGAAAGAAAUUUUAAUUGAACAGAUGGAUAAAGAGAUAAAAGAAUUGAUUUGGCAACGUGAUCUUGCCCUGUCCCGAGUUGAGGAUUUGCUAAGAGCAGUUCGAGAGGAGCCAGUUUCAAGAGUAGAUGAAUAUUCAACUGUAGAGUCACAAGAUAGAGUCUGCCCUCUCAGUUUAAAGGCCAGUCUUCAACCAUGCAACAUAUCAAAUGAGGUUGAUGGGCCCAGUGUCCUCUCUCCCAACUGUCAGUACCUAGAGGUUUCUGAGAAUCCUGAAGACAACUUUCUGCUGGAUGAUAGUACUCCAAAGUUUGUUGGCCCUGAUCUAUGUCAGGGUUGGGAGGAAAUGACACAGAGAGAAAGAGAACUAUCUGAAGAUACUUGCAAAGAAGUUCGAUGUAUUAAAAUUGAAGAAUCAAGAAUGAACAGGAGAACAGAAGCUGAUCUGUCCUUACCUGCUCCUGCUGAAGAAGAGAAACAUUUAUCCGUAAAAAGGACCAUGAAUGUGUUAUCCUCAGACAAGGAAGAAAAUGAAGUAAGCUCUAUGAAGUCGGAUACUACUUAUGAGGCUUUGCAGAAAAAAAUUGAGAAGCUGCAGAAGGCCAUCAACUAUCUUGUUAGUUUUUAUCCUCUGCAACAAUCUCCUUGUUCGUCUGAAUUAUCUGUGCCUAGGUUUAGAAGGAUGAAUUUGAGCAGAAGCAGAAGUUCCCAAGCAGUUCUCAUGUCCAUUCCAUCGUCUCAUUGGUCUGAGAAGUUGGAACGAAAUGAGAACAUACCAUCCGCUAGGUUUGAAAAGGACAUGAUGGAAAGAGAGGGAGGUGUUGACCGCUUGCUGUCUGAAUUGAAUUGUGGUGUCGAGACUGGAAACUUGUCAACGAAAGAUUCUCAAAAUUCUAUUAGUUUAGCAGAAUCGCUUGGCAUCAAAGGCUAUGGUGCCAAGUCAAGGAUGUCCAGAAAGGAUUCUCAAAGUUCCAUUACUUCAGUGGAAUCACAAAGCAUUACCGGAAAUGAUGUAUAUGAUUUUCCUACAACUCAUGAUUUUACUGCACAACAGAAUGAAAUGCCUGAAAUCCAGUCAGAGAAGCAGUUUGAUGGAGAUAUGGUUCAGGAAGCAGCGCCUCCGACCAUCAAGUCCCAAAGCAGAAGCACCAAUGCUGAUCAAGAUGCUAAGCCACUUGCAACGCAAACCUGCUCUGACUGGAGACCUGAAUUUGAAAGGCAGAGGAAAGAGAUUCUUGAACUAUGGGUCGCUUGCAAUGUACCUUUGGUUCAUAGAACAUGUUUCUUCCUGCUCUUCAAAGGUGAUUCUUCGGACUUAGUGUACAUGGAGGUAGAGCUCCGGAGGUUAUCAUUUCUCAAGGACACAUUUUUCCACCGAACCAAGGCCAUGAAAGGUGGUCAAAUUGUUACUCCUACCUCGAGUAUGAAGGAUCUCAAUCGCGAGAGGCAAAUGUUGAGCAAGCAAUUACAGAAGAAGUUUUCUAGAAAGGAGAGGGAAGGUCUUUACCAAAAGUGGGGUAUUGGGUUGAAGACAAGGCAGAGGAGCCUACAGUUGGCACAUCGCUUAUGGACGGAUAUAAAAGACCUGAACCAUAUAAAGGAGAGUGCCUCCCUUGUUUCACAGUUGGUUGGGGUUGUAGAGCCAGGGCAAGUCCCUAAGGAACUAUUUGGACUCAGCUUCGUACCUCGCUCCAUGAAAAAGAGAUCUUACAGCUUGAAAUCUAACUUGUCUCUUCUACUAUAAAUCUAUUGGAGGUGGAGAGAUCGUUUUGUUGAUUAAGUAUGUAACCACUUUGAUGGCUGCAUCAUCUCUGUUCAGCAUGAAAAGUUAAACAUGUGGCUAAUACUCUUGAUUUUCAUAUUCAUAAUGUAUAUCUUAAGCAAUCUUUAGACUUGUAAUUCUUUUAGUGACUUGAUUUAUUCUUCAAGGAAGAAUAUAAUUUGUUAGUUUAGAAGCU